ACCGUAGAACAAAUAUCUUGCACAACCUUGGUUGAUGUUCAUGAUCAUAAAUUACAAUCUGGACAAUUAGCUCACCUUAAUGCCAGGUACCGAAAACUCAGUAAUGAAAUGAUGGAGGAUUUGAGAUUUCUCACAGAAUACAUCUAUAAUGCAAUUUAUCGCUUGUGUAAACGGUAUAAAAAUAAGAAACCUGAUUCUAGUUUAUUUCUAGAAGCACUCUUUGAAAAAAUGGCUCUCAAUCCAGAUUGGAAAGAUUUGUAUCAGCGAUUCCAUGAUGUAGUAUUAAAUGACAAUACAUCAAACGCGUUAGUUGAGGAUGAAAUGGCAUCUAUAUAUGUCUGGAUUUUACGAUAUUUAAUGAAAGCGACCGGUGAUAUCACCCCAAUAUUAUUUUGGACUAACUCUGAACCAGAUCUAAUUAAUGCUGCUUCACAUAUUUUUCCAGCAACACAAUACUUUUACUGCCUAUUUCAUAUUUGGCAGAACAUUGUCAAACAUCUUAAAACAAAAUUGAAUGUAAAUUUUAAUGCUUUUAGCAAAGCUUUUUAUUCAUAUAGGAAUGUAUUGAGUACUGAACUAUUUGAGCAAUGUUGGAAAAUCCAGAAUACUCAAAGCGUGGAAUCGUUUAAUAGUAUAAUUAAGAAAUCAUUAAAUAGUAUCAGUAUGUUGUGUGAUGUUGAAAAAAUAAUUGAAAAAAGAUUAGAUAAUGAAUUACAGUAUAACAAAUUGGUUGAUCUCAAAGCUCCUUAUAUACUGAUUAGGCUUCCACAUCUUUCUUUACAAUUUUUUACCAACAUUAAUGCAAUUCUUGUUCAAUUUCUAACUUUUCUUAUUUUGUCGUGGCAACAAUUUCAAAUUUCUCAAUCACUUACAUAUGAAGGUUGCUUGGUACCAUUUUCUGUCGAGAUCUUAGAAAUUGAUACAGUUAAUGAUGUCUUUAUUGAAGAUAUUAGUGAUGAACCACAAAUAAUAUUAAAAUCUCUUUUAAAUAGAGUUGAAGUUUCAAGUAUAAUCGAAUUAUGGAGAAUACGACGUAUAGGUAGACUUUCAUAUCGAGAAAACAUAGUAAUACUAUUAAGCAACGGAACCCAUCUUUGUACUUGCAUGGAAACAGUUACGAAAGAGAUAAUCUGUCGGCAUUUCUGGUAUAUUACACUCUACUCAAGCAAUGCGAAAUUCUAUAUUAGUAUUAUACCAGCUAGGUGGUAUAAAAAUAAUAUUGUGAAUCAAUUAUAUACUUAUCUCAAAAAUUCACUUGUUCUAACUGCUAUAAAGCCAUGUACUGAAACUUUGUCAUUACCCUCCGAAGCAAAUUUUACUUUUCAAAGCCUGCGACAAUUUCAGAAGUUGGAGCAUAAUGAUAUUAUUUGCCAUGCUACUCCCCUAAGAAAUCAGUUUGGGAUUGCAUUCUCUGUUUCUAAAACCGCAAUUAAUAUUGCCUUAGAAACUAAGAGUGAUGAAAAAUUAAUACAAAUGUUAAAGAAUUUUAUUACAGUAAAACGGCAAGCUUGUAAAGUUUCAACAAGGCAUGAUUCUAAUAAUUCAUGUGACAAUAACACAAAAAAUGAAUCGGACGAAGUAGUUUCUUUAUAA